GAGAGAGAGAGAGAGAGAGAGAGAGAGAGAGAGAGAGCCUCUGUCUCUAUCUGCAAACACAACCUAACCCUAUCCACGAUACCAAACGCCCCUUUCUCUCUUUACCCAAUCGGACGGCUGCAAUCUCUUCCCCUUAUCUAUUCGGAAAAAAUCAACGGCGCCAAGUUAUGAUGGCGGAUCCGACGGUGAUAAGCUUGAGACCUGGAGGCGCCGGUGGCCUCCGUGCCCCCAGAUUCCUCGCACCUCGCUUUGAUUCUUCUUCUUCAGAGGCUCAGGCUCUCCAGUCCCAUGCCGGCCUCGCUCCUGCCUUCAAGACUGGUGACUUGCGGUUUGAAGGUCGUGAGCGUGUUCGAUAUACUAGAGAUCAACUUUUGCAGCUCAGGGAGGGUACUACUAUCCCUGAGGAAAUUUUGAAGAUUAAACAAGAAAUAGAUACUGAGUUUGUUAUAGAGGAUCCUACUUGGGGUCGUGCAGAUGCCAAUCUGCAACCUCAACCCCAAGCUCGUUAUUCUGAGCCAGAUAAUCGCGAUUGGCGUGGUCGAUCUGCACAGUUGCCUGCUUCUGAGGAAGAUAAAAAGGAAUUGAAUAACCAGCAAAAUUCCCAGUUUGGAAGGGCGCAAAUUUCUGGUAACCAAGUGGUAGGGCCUGCUCCUGCCCUCAUUAAGGCAGAAGUUCCAUGGUCAGUUCGAAGAGGAACUUUGUCUGACAAGGAACGUGUGUUGAAGACAGUGAAAGGUAUAUUGAACAAAUUGACCCCAGAGAAGUUUGAUGUUCUCAAGGGUCAACUUAUUGAUUCUGGAAUCACAACUCCAGAUAUUUUAAAGGAUGUUAUCUUUCUGAUAUUUGAUAAGGCUGUGCUGGAGCCAACAUUUUGUCCUAUGUAUGCCCUUUUAUGCUCAGAUCUUAAUGCAAAGCUUCCUCCUUUCCCAUCUGAGGAGCUUGGUGGGAAAGAAAUAACUUUUAAACGAGUCCUAUUGAAUAAUUGUCAAGAGGCUUUUGAAGGUGCUGACAACCUGAGGGCAGAAAUUAGGCAGAUGACUGCUCCUGAGCAAGAAAUGGAAUGCAGAGAUAAAGAACGAAUGCUUAAGUUGCGAACUCUAGGAAACAUACGCCUUAUUGGAGAACUUUUAAAGCAAAAGAUGGUGCCUGAAAAGAUUGUCCACCAUAUUGUUCAGGAGCUUCUGGGACAUGAUGGCAAAGCAUGCCCUGCUGAGGAGAAUGUGGAGGCAAUAUGCCAAUUUUUCAACACCAUAGGUAAGCAGCUGGAUGAAAGCCAAAAAUCUCGGAGAAUCAAUGAUAGCUAUUUUAGUAGGUUGAAGGAGCUGACUACAAACACUGAACUUGCACCACGGCUGAGGUUCAUGGUCCGCAAUGUUCUUGAUUUGAGGUCUAACAACUGGGUCCCCAGGCGUGAAGAGGUGAAAGCAAAGACUAUCAGUGAAAUCCAUUCAGAAGCAGAAAAGAAUCUAGGGCUGCGUUCAGGUGCAACAGCAAUGAUGAGAAAUGCUCGCAAUGCUGGUUCCCAUGGGGAUUUGAGCCCUGGAGGUUUUCCUGUUACAAGGCCUAUGCCUGGAAUGCCAGGGACCAGGAAAAUGCCAGGAAUGCCUGGUCUUGAUACUGACAAUUGGGAGGUUUAUCGAUCCCGUUCAAUGACCAAGCGUGAUGGUUUGGGGCCUUCCCAGUCUGCCAGCCGUGUCCAGCCACCUUUGAUCAGCAAAACACCUUCUCUUAAUUCAAAAUUUUUACCUCAAGGAAGUGGUGGCAUAAUAGCUGGGAAAACGAGUGCCUUGUUGCAGGGAGCUGGUGGUCCUUCUACCAGAACUAAUUUGAUUGCAGGAAUUGAACCUCUUACUCAAAACCCCAAACCUAUAGUUCCGGCUGCAUCUGCAAUUCCUUUGGAGAAGCCUCUGGCUCCUGCAACUGUAUCAGAUUCUGCUAAGCCUCUGGCUCCUGCAACGGUGUCAAAUUCUGCUGUUCUUCAUAGGAAAACUGUAUCUCUGCUGGAGGAAUAUUUCAGUGUUCGGAUUCUUGAUGAAGCACUUCAAUGUGUGGAGGAGCUGAAAGCCCCAGCUUACCAUCCAGAGGUUGUUAAGGAAGCUAUUGCCGUUGCUCUGGAAAAGAUCCCACCAUGUGUGGAACCCGUUAUAAAGCUUCUUGAGUUCUUGUUCAAUAAAAAAGUUGUGACAUCUGUUGAUAUAGGAACUGGGUGCCUUCUUUAUGGGUCAAUGUUGGAUGAUAUCGGCAUUGAUUUGCCAAAGGCACCAACUAAUUUUGGUGAUGUUAUUGGGAAGUUGGCUCUGGCAGGGGUGUUGGACUUCAAGGUUGUGACACAAAUCCUGAAGAAGGUGGAAGAUGACAUGUUCCGGACAGCCAUCUUUGGUGCUGCUAAGAAGAGCAUUACGUCCAGCCCUUCUGGGCAAGAAUUUUUGGCAAACCAGGAAACUGAGGUCCAGGCUUGUGAGACUUUGCUUUCCUGAUUCAUGCUAGUUUUAGUUAUCAGUGGAAAGCUAUCUGGCUUUUGGCCGCAGGGGGAAAGAGCAGUAGGCCUUAUAUUUUCCCCCAUAUUUUUGAAAGUUAUUUAACGGAGGAUAAUUUUAUGCAGUUGUAUAUUUUUCUUUUUGGGGAUUUUAGUUUAGUUUUGAUGAAGCUGAGAAACAUGAUGUCUUGUAUUUCUCUCGAGCCUGGGUUAAAUUCUUCCCGGGAACAAUCGAGGUGAACAGGAUCUUGCAUGAUCCUUUUGUUACAUUAGUUUUGCAAUCUGUGUACUAGUAAUCUGGAAUUUGUACUUGGCCGGUAUGCGGUCUUAAAUUUUCUCUAUGGAUAUUGUUUAUCACUUUGUCUUUUAGCUUCAAUAAAUCUUCACCUUAUGUUUUGCUUU